AUGAAGAUGCCCCACUCGUGUGUAAGAGAAAUGUUAAGAGCAAGAGAUUCAAAUGGUGCUCGUAUGCUAACUUUAAUAACAGAACAAUUUUUAUCAGAUCCUAGACUUAUUCUGUGGAAAUCACAAGGCACUCCCAUGAUUGAUAAGUGUCGGCAGUUAUGGGAUCAAUUAGGUGCUCUAUGGGUGUGCAUUGUUUUAAAUCCUCAUUGUAGUUUGAUGGAGAAACAGCAUUGGAAACAAAUGUUGGAAAAAUGGACAAGAAUUGAUGUCUGUCCUUUGGAAGAUCCUGAUUUUCGCCCUCAACAACCUAUACCUAGGAUGGAAUUUGAAGGAAUGUUUAAUGAAGUUCACCGUUCAUCAGAUAGUAGCUCCGAUGAAGAAAGUGUAGAGAGAGCUGCUGAUAGAUAUAGAGGUUUCAACUCAAGACGUAAAAACUGGGUUCAAAACACCCAUGGUAAAAACCAUAGCCAUACUGUUCCCAGAAAAAUAUUUCAUAGGGCACUGGACGCCUUAGGGAUGUCGUGGGAUAAUAUGCAUUUGAAGAAUAUUCUCUCAAGUGAUUCUUAUUGCAGCCAUGUGCCUGACAGUGCAUUGCUCUCUGGAAGCUUUAAUUCUCUUGGACAACCUCUGUGGCAUGAGGCCUUACCAGUUUGUGCUGCACGUGUUGAUGCACUUAGGUCACACGGCCAUCAAACUGCAGCCUUGAGAUUAGCCGUGGCAGUUGUAAGAACUAUGAAACAGCAACAGCUGACUGCUCAAAGAAGAUGGCAUGAAAGCCAACAAGAACAAAAUGAAAAUAAAUCUAAUACACAAAAAUGUGGGGACAGCCAACAAGCAUUAAAAUGUUGCUUAAAAAAGGAAAAUAAAUCUUGUGAAAACCAAACUUCCUGCUCCAGCAAAGCAUGUGCUAAUGCAAUGUGGGCUGAUGGAUGGAUAGGUCAUCCUUUAGAUCCAAUUGGCUGUUUAUUUGAUACACUUGCAGAAGCCUCAAUAGUAAAUGAUGACCAUACACCUAGACCACCAUCAUAUUUUGAUCCAGUUGGAGUUGAUGAUUCAGGUUCUACUAUUCCUCCAAAAUACCACCACAUUGCAGUUGUUGGUUCAAGAGAUCGAUCUGAAACUUAUUUGUCCUUGGCAGUUGAAGUAGCUUUAAUAGGACUCGGUCAACAACGAAUAAUGCCAGCAGGACUGUAUGCUCAGGAGAAAGCAUGUAAACAAGAAGACCGACUAAUCGCCAAGCUUCAAGAAAUGGAAAUGGACAAUAGUUUAGUGGCUGUAUUAAGAAGACAAGCUAUUGUUUUAUUGGAAGGAGGCCCAUCUAGUGGUUUAGGAAUUGGAAUUCAUCCUGAAAGUAUACCUAUGCAUACAUUCGCUAGGUUUCUGUUUCAUGCACUUCUUAAUUAUUAUCCUGACCUUGCAUAUGAAGUUGGCUUAAGGGCGAUGAGUCGUUAUCCAAGAUGGUUUACUCUAGGUCAUAUUGAAACCCAGCAGUGUGCUCUUUCCUCAACUAUGUUAAGUGCUGCAAAAGGAGAGAUUAUGAGGCUAAGGACAGUUUUAGAAUCUGCUCAAAGACAUAUUCAUAGUUCUUCUCAUUUAUUUAAAUUAGCUCAAGAUGCUUUUCGAUUUGCUACUCCUGAAAACAGUCCUAGACACUCUACAUUGCUUAGUGUUGCAUUUGAAUUAGGAUUACAGGUGAUGAGAAUGACUCUGUCAUCAUUAAACUGGAGGAGAAGAGAAAUGGUGCGCUGGUUAGUGACAUGUGCUACUGAAGUGGGUGUUGAAGCAUUGGUAUCGAUAAUGCAAAACUGGUAUCAGUUAUUUACACCAACAGAAGCUACAGGCCCUGUUGCUACUACCAUUAUGUCACAUGGCACUAUAAUGAGACUUAAUCUGACAUUUGCUCAACAGGAGGAACUAUCUAGUUGUGCUCGGACAUUAGCUUUGCAAUGCGCUACUAAGGAUCCUCCAAACUGUGCCUUGAAUGCAUUAACUCUUUGUGAAAAUGAAGCAUUAUCUUUUGAGACAGCUUACCAAAUAGUUAUUGAUGCAGCUUCACAUAUCAUGACUUCUUCACAAUUAUUUACGAUUUCUCGAUACAUGGAGCAUAGAGGUUACCCAACUAGAGCUUAUAAAUUGGCUAUGUUGGCUAUGAAGAAUGUUCAUCUUGCUUAUAAUCAGGACACACAUCCAGCUAUUAAUGACAUUCAUUGGGCUUGUGCCCUUAGUCACUCAUUAGGGAAAACAGAAUUAAGUAAUAUGAUACCUCUGCUAGUUAAGAAUGUUCAGUGUGCGACAGUUCUCUCAGAUAUUUUAAGGAGAUGCUCUAUAACUGCUCCAGGUAUUCCUUGCCCACAUCCAAAUUCUGAAGGAGGUAAACAUCAUCACCAUCAUCACCACCAUCAUCAUCACAGAAAUGGAUCUAGCAGUAGGUCAAGUACAAAACCACUUUCAUAUGAUCGUCCUCCACUACGUCAACUUUUGGAUGCAGCAGUUGCUGCAUACGUCAACACUACACAUUCCAGAUUGGCACAUAUCUCACCUCGGCAUUAUGGUGACUUUAUAGACUUUUUAGGUAAAGCCAGAGAUACUUUUUUAUUGGCUCAAGAUGGCCAUGCCCAGUUUACUCAACUUGUUGAAAAUAUGAAACUUGUUUAUAAAGGAAAGAAGAAACUUAUGUUUUUAGUCAAAGAACGGUUUGGCUGACUAUUACAAAAUAUGGGUCCGCAUCUUAGAUGAUGGUCUCAAAGCAAUGUACCUCGAUGUAUAUUAUAAAAUUAAAUCAAUAUGUAAAUAACUCUCUAGAUGUAAUCAGAGUAUCUGAUUUUUAUCAGAUUGCUCCCACCAAAAAAAAAAAAAAAAUAUAUAAAAAAAAUAUAUAAAAAAAAAAUUGUGUAAUGUACAAUAUAGAUUUGUUUCAAAGUGUUAGGUGGUUUUAUAAUGUACAAAAUUAUUUUGAAACCACUUGAAAGUUACCAUAAGACUUGUUAAAUAUCAGUUAUUAUGAUUUUGUGUUUAAAUUAUUAGUUUUGCAAUGUCUUUUUGUUGUUAAUUUUAUUUUUAAUUGUACAUAAACAUUUAUUUAAAUAUGUCUUUUUAGUAUAGUAAGAUAGGUUUUUAGUAAGUGCCACAGGCAUACAGAACACCAGUUAACUUAAUAUUUAAUUUAAUAAUGUAGUUUUUAUGAAUAGUAAUGCCUAGCAUAUUUUAACCAAUAAAGGCUCUCCCUUGAUAUGAUGUUAUAAGAUAACAACUGUUGUAGCAUGUUAAACUUUUAUGAAAUUAUCAUUAAAUUGGUUUAUUGUUUAAAUAUCUCGGCCUAUAUAUAUUUAGCUGCUCUUUUUCAAUUUAUUGUAGCUUUAUUUUCUAUCUAAGUGUGAUAUCUAAAAUGUAGUGAACAAGAUGUAUUCUUGUACUAUAAUCAUCAACGGAGGAGUAGUUAUUGUAGCAGUUUUUGUUUUAGUCACUUAAUCCUUUCAUCAUUUUGACAAAUUAAAGAAAACAGAACUUGUUACUAUAUUAUGUUUCAAUUUAAACAUAAUAAUCUAUAAAAUAUUUUUUUUUAAUGUUUGUUUUAUCUGUAAUUUUAUGCUUAAAAUUGUAUUUAUAUACAAAUUUCUAGUUCAAUACAACAUUUGUUGGUUAAGUUAACAGCUUCCAAAAUUAUAUCUAUAUAUUCAUCAGUUGUGUAAUUAUAAAAACUGGAAAAAGAAGUACAAAUAUAAAAUAAAACAAAAGCUUGUUUGGAAUUUAUAAUAUUUAAUGACUAUAAAAUUUCAAAUCAAAUAUUUACAUUUUAUUUAUCAUAAGGUUUUGGAAAGUUUGAUUUGAUCAAAUUUCAAUGCAAAUAUAAAGAUAAUCAAUGGUUUUCAAAUAAAUGUAUAAAACUCGGAAUUGGAGUAAAAUAAGAUAUUUAGUUCUAUUUUCUAAAAAUUAAAUAAAAUAAAAAUUUUAAAAUUAUUAUAUUGUAUUAUUUGGGUAUCACUUACCUGAGGGAAUGUAGGGAAAAUUAUAUUAAACACUUAGUUAAUUCUUUGAAAGGUAGAUUAUCAUUUUAAACAAAAAAAGAAGAAAAAAAAUCAAUUUUGAAGCCAUUCAUUUUACUUAUCUAAUAACUAUGUUGUCUCUUUUCAAUCUAUUCUGGAAUGUUCUAUCUCUCUUUUUCUUUUAUAAGAGAUUCUUUUAAAUUUGUAACUUUUGUAUUUUGUUAGAUUAAUUUCCCCUGGCUUAGGUGAGGUUAUUGAGAUUGUAUUGAUUAGUAAAUUUUCUUUAUGUAAUUUCAAUAAAAAGUAAAGUUAACAGUUAAUAACAAAUAACCAGUAUUCUCAAUUGAAAUGGAUUAAAGAAAACUACUUCUUUUAAAGACAGUAUAAGUAUAAUAUAAUGCAUAAGUAAACCUGUUUUCCAAAAUUAUGCUUAAAUAGGUUUAUUGAGCUUAUUAGCUCAUUAACUUUCGUGCAGAUUUUGUAUCAAAUGCAUGUUUCAAUCUUGUUUCCAACCCCAAAUGUACAUUUUAUACACUUAUAUGACUAGAAGCAGUGUGUUUUUUAAUGAAAUUUAAAUUAUUGUCUUCUUUUAUGAUGGUUGUUUUCAUUACAGAUGAUGAACGUUUGUUUAAAUAUUUUUUUUGUCAUCGGUGUUUUAAUAUUAUUUCUAUGAAAUAAUUUUUGAAAUAACUGAUUAUCUAAUUAACUAAUUUAUUGCUCAUGGUCUAGUUAUCGAGAAUUUUUUUCAGAUUCAUUUCAAUAACAAAUGUUGGUGUCAUAAAUAUAUUCCAAUUAUGCUCUAGAGAUGAAAUAUAAAAAAAAUUAUUAGAACCUUAGUUUUUUUUUUUUAAUUUAUUUUCACCUUUAUUAAUAUCACAUAUAUAUAUAUAUAUGUGUUUUUUUUUUUUGUUUUUUUUUUUCCAUAAAACUAGGUUUGUUAUAUUAGUAUAUACAUAUAUAAUAUGUCUAUUAUAAAUAAGUAUUGUUCUGUGGUCAUUCUCUUCUAUUUGCUUUUAUGUGUGUGUUUGUUUGUAUUUAAUAUUUUGCUAC